AUGCAGAUGUCUCUGUGGAAACUGCAGGCUUGGCUCUGCCAUGGGGCAUGUGUGGAGGUGGACUCCGACACAGAGGCAGUGAUGGGUCGAGGCUUCAAAUUAGGCUGUAUCUCUUGCAAGAUGAGAGGAGAAGUACUGGCCUCUGCCACAGUGGACUGGUGGUUCAUGGCCAAAGGCGAGAGUGAAUUUGCAUACAUCUACAGUUAUGCAGACAUGACAGGCUACAUAAUGGAUGACCGCUUCGAUGAACGUCUAGCCUGGAACGGCAGUAAAAAAACUCGUGAUGUGCAGGAUGGCUCAAUUUACAUCCUUAACGUCACCUUCAAUGACACCGGCACCUAUCGAUGUUUCUUCGACCGCACCCUUGUAUUCUCCAAUUACGAGUACCGCACCAGUGCCACCACGUUUAUCUCCAUCAAUGUAGUAGGCAAAGCUACACGAGGCAUAGCGUCCAUCUUAUCUGAGAUCAUGAUGUACGUGUCCAUUAUCGGGCUGCAGUUAUGGCUGGUGGUGGAGAUGGUCUACUGUUACAGGAAGAUCGCAGCAGCUGGAGAGGAAGCUCUGAGAGAGAGCGAGACCAAAAAAAGUCUCAAGCCAAAAGCUUGACGCUCUGUCCAUCAUGGCAUCACCAAUGGCCUCCUCGGUCACCCUCACCGGCUCUCUGUGAAACCGCAGGGCCGCUGUUUUGACCUUUGUGUACGACUGUGACAGAACCGCCAUUCUAAACCAUCAGGGAAACACACAGUCACACAUUACAUAAAAAGGAAAUGUUUUGUUUUAAGGCUCUAGAUGACAACUUUGAGGUUAACGAAUGAAUGAUGCAUUCAUUGGUUCAAGCAUGAAUCUGUAACGCUGAACAGAACACUGAACUUGACUUGUACAUACGUGUUUGAGCUUUUAACAUAUCUUUGCGGUUUCCACAUAAUGAAAACUCAGCUUUACUUGGAUAAAACUGUCACCACAGUAUAUCUACUGAGCCAGAGGACAUCACAACAUAUUAUAAUGUGUAUAAAAAUCACUAGUAUAUUUACUGAGUCAGAGAGAAAAAAAAAAACAUAAGAACUGUCAAAUAGAAUAUGUGAAAACAUAUCUAU